AUGGAUGACCCUUCAAUAGCAGCCGAUGAAAAUCAAGCUCCUGAGGAUGAUGUGAAAGAGCAGUGUUGGGAUCAAAGAGAAGCUUUGGCAGGGGAACCUCGAUGUGUUAUAUGUGGACGUUAUGGUGAAUACAUAUGUGAUGAGACUGAUGAUGAUAUUUGCAGCGUUGAGUGUAAAAGGAUUCUUCUUGGCCGAUUGGCAAAAUCACGACCGUUGCCUGCUCAACCUCCUCCUGUAAAACUACCAGCAACUGAUGAGUGCUACUACGUUAGAGAUAAUAAUAAUUUAGAAUCAGAAUCUCUAACUAACCAACAGACUGAGCUGCUCAGGAGAAAACUAGAUAUUUCUGUGAAGGGUAAUUUUGUUCCCGCACCCAUUUUGUCUUUUAGUUCUUGUAAUUUUCAUCAGAAGCUCCUUCAAAAUUUAGAAGAUGCAGGAUAUGAAAUGCCAACACCAGUCCAAAUGCAAGCCAUUCCUGCUGCAUUAAUCGGCCAAAGCAUGCUUGUUACUGCUGAGACAGGGUCUGGAAAAACCUGCUCCUUUCUAGUUCCUAUAGUUUCUUAUUGUGUAAAGCUUAAUAAUAAUAGUAACCAACAAAAACCUCAAGCAAUAGUUCUUGCACCUACUAGAGAGCUUUGUAUACAGGUGGAGGAACAAGCAAAGUUGCUCGGUAAGGGUUUGCCCUUCAAAACUGCCCUGGUGGUUGGUGGUGAUGCCAUGGCGGGGCAAUUAUAUCGCAUCCAACAGGGGGUAUCCUUGAUUGUGGCAACUCCUGGAAGGCUCAUUGAUCUUUUAAUCAAGCAUGAUAUUGAGUUAGAUAGUAUUUCCACUCUUGUUAUUGAUGAAGUAGAUUGCAUGGUGCAAAGGGGAUUCCUUGAUCAAGUAAUGCAAAUUUUUAGGGCUCUAUCCCAGCCCCAAGUAUUAAUGUACUCUGCAACAAUUUCAAGAGAAGUGGAGAGGGUGGCAGGUUCAAUGGUGAAAGAUCUGACCAUUAUCCUAGUUGGGAAGCCAAACAAGCCUAAUGAGGCCAUUAAACAACUGGCAAUUUGGGUGGAGUCAAAGAAAAAGAAGCAGAAGCUUUUUGACAUAUUGAUGAGCAAACAGCAUUUUAAGCCGCCGGUUGUGGUGUUUGUGGGUUCAAGACUUGGUGCAGAUCUUCUUUCUGAAGCAAUAACUAUCACAACUGGUUUAAAAGCUCUAUCGAUCCAUGGUGAGAAACCCAUGAAGGAGAGGAGAGAAAUAAUAAGGUCAUUGUUGGUUGGAGAAGUUAAUGUGAUUGUGGCCACUGGAAUAUUGGGCCGAGGACUUGAUCUCCUUUCUGUGAGGCAGGUGAUUGUGUUUGACAUGCCAACUUCCAUCAAGGAGUAUGUACACCAGAUUGGAAGGGCAUCUAGAAUGGGAGAGGAGGGUACAUCAAUGGUGUUUGUGAAUGAAGAGAAUAAGAAAUUGUUCCGUGAGUUGGUUGAUAUAUUGAAAUCAUCUGGUGCUGCCAUUCCACGCGAGCUUGCUAAUUCGCGGUAUUCAGUAAAUUCCUCUGUUGGGAAGGCUCAAAAGAAAAGGAAGCAUGGCUACUGA